CUCCGCGCUCCACCCGGAAGACGCUGCUGCGCGCCGCAGGGGCCGUCCGACGCCGGAAGCGGCGGGUGUUCCUCGCAAAGGCGUCCGGGCGCGGCCGGAAGCGGAGAAGAGGCCGGACCGGCCAUGGCGAGGGCUGGGUCCGGGAGGGCCGGGGGCUCGCGCCGGGGCCGGGGACAGCGGCGGCCCCCGACCUGGGAGAUCUCGGACUCGGACACCGAGGGCCCCGCUGGCGCAGAGGCCGCCACGAGGGUUCGGGACCCGGCGGAGGAGCUCAGGGAGGCGGCCGAGGUGCUACGGCGUCUGCGGCCCGAGCAGGCCGUGCGGCGCCUGGUAGUGCUCAUGGACCCAGCUAUCCUGGAAGAUGCCGGUGCCGACAUCCUGAUGGAGGCCCUGGACGCCCUAGGCUGUGAGUACCGCGUGGAGCCCCAGCGCCCUGCCCGGAGCCUCAGGUGGAGCAGAGUGAAGCCAGACCCUUGCCCCCUCAGUGUGCCUCCUGAGCUGUGGGCUGUGGAUGAACAGGACGUGCUGCUGCUGCUGGAGCCCGAGGAGUUUCUGCAGGGCGUUGUCCAGCUGACCCAGAUACGUGGCCCAACCUGUUCUGUGCCCUGGAUCACUCCUGAGAGCCCUGCCUGUCUCCACCUGGCUGUCAUCGGGCUAGAGGCUUACCUGUGGUCUCGCCAGCCCAGCACCCAGGAGACACGGCAGCCAGGAUGUCCAGCAGUGGCUCAGGCUGAGGUGGCAGUCGGUUGGCCAGAGGUGGAGGAGGCCCUUGUGCUCCUGCAGCUCUGGGCAAACGUGGACGUGCUGCUGGUGGCCACCUGGCAGGAGCUGAGUCAGCAUGUGUGUGCCUUCACCAGGGCCCUCGCCCAGCGCCCCUUUAAGCAGUCCCGGGAGUCUGGGGCCUUUUCCUUCUGCACCGCUGGGCGCUGGGCAGCAGGCGAGCAAGUGAAGAGAGAUGGCACCGGGCUGCGGGGAGCCUGGUGGCGGCAGAUCAGGCAAUUCAACCGCGUCAGCGCAGCCGUGGCCGAUGCUGUUGUGGCCGCCUUCCCCUCCCCCCGCCUUCUGCAACAGGCAUACGUGGCCUGUGGCACGGAACAGGAGCGCCUGGCCCUGCUGGCUGACCUGCCCGUGAAGAUGGGCGAGGGUGUGCGGCUCCGCAGGGUGGGGCCUGAUCUUUCCCGCCGCAUCUGUCUCUUCCUGACCACCACGAAUCCCGACCUCCUGCUGGACCUGGGCUCCUGACCACGCCUAUGGGACUGGACAGGGUCUUUUCCCACCUACUGGCAGGACUGAGUGCAGCCCGUCCAGGGGACUGACUGGGAACGGUAUGUAGGCAUCAGACGUAAACUCUUCAGUUUAUUAUGGUCGUUUUCAGCCUCAGACAAGAAGGACAGCAGCUGACAACAUGCAAAGCAAAUUAAGAAAAAUCUGAAGUCG